AUGUCGAUUAGUCCUUCACAACGCAAUUCUUCUCCAGAGAUAGUUAAUACAAUGACGGGCAAUUCCAAUGAAGAUGAUGCACAGCAAUUUCAACAGAUUAUACGUGAUCGAAAAUACGAACGUGAGGAUAUCCAAAAGAAGGCAUUCACUAAAUGGAUCAAUAAUCAAUUAGCGAAUACAACUCCAACACUCACUAUUACAGAUUUAUUUCAAGAUUUACGCGAUGGAGUUGUUCUACUUCGAUUAUUGGAAGUAUUUACUGGAAAUGAAUGUAAAAGAGAAAAUGGUAAAAUGCGUGUACAUCAUAUUGGUAAUGUGAAUAAAGUUAUAGCUGUACUCAAUGAACAUGGAAUCAAACUUCUUAGUAUAUCGUCAAAUGAUAUUGUUGAUGGUAAUCCAAAAUUAACACUUGCAUUGAUAUGGUCCAUAAUUCAAUAUUGGCAAGGAAAAGAUGUUAUUGAAUCCGUUGUACCUGAUUCCCAGCAGACUAACAUUGAGAAAUUUCUACUUUCAUGGUGUCAAGAACAAACAAAAGGAUACAAAGGUGUAGCGAUUAAUGAUUUUACACGCAGCUGGCAAGAUGGUCUUGCUUUUAAUGCGUUGAUCCAUAGAUAUCGGCCAGAUCUAUUUAAUUAUGAAGACAUUUUACAAAAUGCUUCCGCUAGAAAUCUUGAACAUGCAUUCAGUGUCGCAAAAAAUGUUUUCAAAAUUGAUCGAUAUCUUGACGUUGAAGAUGUUCUCUCCGAUUAUCCGGAUAGAAAAUCUAUUUUAAUGUAUGUCAUGUGUCUCUUUCAACAGUUACCAACUAGUAAUAUUGUUAUCGAAGAUAAUGAGAGAAGUGACCCCUCAACGACAACUACGACGACGACGAUAACAAAUGAUAAAACAACAGAGACGAAGUCUCAAACAAAAACGGAUUCAACUCAAUUGCAACAAUAUCAAGCUAAUAUGGAAAGAAUACUUCAGUGGAUUCUUAAACUUGAAAAUGAGCUUGAUAAACAAGAUACAACUUUAUCAGAUGAUUUAAAAGCUAUUAAACAACGAUUUCAAAAUCAUGAGGCGUUUAUGAUCAGUUUAACUAAAGAUCAAAAUCAAAUCGGUGAUGUACUUGUAGAAGGAAAUAAAUUAUUAACAUCCAAAAAAGUUCAUCUACAUCCACAGCUAGAAAAUGAGAUAAAAGAACAAAUGAAAAUGCUUAACCAUCGAUGGGAAUUGUUACGUUCGAAAUCCCUUGAUAAACAAUACAUCCUUCAUAAAGCAUUAAUGAAACUUCAAAUUGAUCAAAUCGAAUCAUUCGACGCUUGGCUAUUUCAAACUGAACAGCGUAUAUCAACAGAUUUAGAUUUAGUCGAACCGAAUCUAUCGGACAUUGAACGGCAACAUCAACAAUUAGCUCAAUUACAAGAUGAACUUUUUUCUCAACAGGCUAUUACUGAAUCAUUACAAAAUAUGAUCAUUAUUAUCGAUGAUUCCGUGUCAGAUGAAGAAAAUUCGCCAUCGAAAUAUACUGCAUCCGAAAUCGAAACUAAAUUAUUAAGUUUAAGUGAGCGUUGGGCAAAUAUAUGUAAUUUUGUACAUAAUCGUUGGCAACAAUUGCAAGAAGUUAAAAUUGAAUUCGAACAAAUUGAGUUAAAUCGAAUAAAAGCUGAUGAAUGGUUAACAAGUAAAGAAGAAGAAAUGGGUAAAAUUAAAACCGAAACAAAUACUACCGAUACUGAAAUACUUUUACAACAAGUCCGUUCGAUUCAGAAAACGGAAUCUGAAAUGAACGACAUACGCCAAUCAAUUCUUUCAUUGGACAACAGUUUGAAGAUUCUAAGUACAUUUUAUGAUAGUACAUCAUCGAAUGAAUUAAAAACUUUAAAUGAACAAAUAAAUACUUUUGAAAAGCGUUGGUCACAACUUAUCAAUGACCUUGAAGAAUGUUCGGCACGACUAAAGAAAGUGAGUUCGAGCGUUGAAAAACAUGUGCACACAAAUGUAAAGACAAAUAAUCAUCCCACACAGAAAACGAUAACCUCAACAACAACAACAACAGUUGAACAAACGGAAACUAUGACUGAUAAUUCCGACGAUUCAACAAAUAAGAAAACAAGAAAGCAUAGUGAAAAUGCCCUAAAAUCUGACUUUGAUCUAUCUGCUAGAAAAUAUAUCGAUUGGAUUGAAAACAUCGAAAGAAUAUUAAAAGAAAAACUGUUAAACCCGUUAAAGCCUAAUGAACGAGAAGAAAUUAUUCAGGAAGUUAAAACAAAAUAUUUAUCAUACGAUGAUCAAUUGAAAGUGCUUGUUCAAACAGGCAAUGUUAUAGCAAAACAAUUAAAAGAUGCUAAUGAAGAUUCUAGUGAACAUGAGUCAUCAUUAAAAUUAUUAGAAAAUCGAUGGCAAGAACUUCAUAAUCUAAUUCUUAAAUGCGAACUCGAAAGCGAACAAGUAAAAUUUAAUAGUGAAAUUGACGCAUUAGUUCAAGCACGUGCCGAGUAUCAACGAUGGCUCGAAUCAACCUCACUGUCGGAUUCAACUACUGAACUACAGACGAAAUUAGAAAGUAUUCAGACAUAUAACGAACGUCUUGCAUAUUUAAAACGUAUGGCUCAGCGUUUUGAUACUGAUACUGUUCAACGUACAAAUGAUUUACUACGUUCAUGGGACGAAACACAUUCCCGGCUUCGUGAAAGAACUAUUCCAGUCGAAAUUAUGCAACAACAGCCAUCCGGAAUAAGUACCGGCUCUGGCGUCACAACGUUUCGUCAAACGACUGUUUCAUCGGUUCCAACAAGUCCUAAUCGAUCAGAAAUAAAUGAACACUCGUCGUCAUCAACAGCCACAACAGCAGCAGCAACAUCAACGUCGACGUCACAUCUAGGUCCGUCUAUUGGUGAAAACGGAAGUGUUUUUACUUUAACAAACAUCUAUACAUUUGGUGGUCGCGAUGGAAAUUCUACGACUGGCUUAGCUGAUGUAGGAGCCGAUAAGUAUCGUGUAAAAUCUUAUGUUGAAGUAUUUGAUCAACCAUCAACACAGAACGAGAGUGAUUAUGAACGACACUAUCGUGAAACUCAUUCGUCAUCAUCGUUUACACGAAAAGUACGAACGAGCGCCACUGAUACGUAUGAUUUUGGUCAAAAUGGAAAUUGUGAAUCAUCGAAUUUUCAACGUCAAUUCGAAACAACAGUUCCAUCGUCGACUGGAUUCACUCCUGAACAAAAGUUACCUGGUACUAGUUAUUAUCCAUCAUUACCAUCAAUCUUUACUGACACACACUGCAAAUUACGUGUUUGGCUUGAAUAUGUCGAACAAUCAUUGUUGACAGAUAAAAUUCGUAUAUCGGAUCUUCAUGCAAUAAAUGCGAAAAAAAAAGUUUAUAAAGAAUUACUUGAGCAAACUUUUGAACAAGAACGUAAUUUAGAAUCGUUAAAUAAAAUAGCAACUGAACAUUAUUCUAAAUUAACUAUUGAUAUAACUCGACGUGUGCAAGAAGAACUAAUUAAUUAUCGAGAUCGCUUAAAUGAUCUUAAAAUGUUUCUUAGUGAUCGUUUAACAAAAUGUAAUAAUCUUGAUAAAAUAUUAAAUGAUUUUGAAAGUGGAAUGGAAAAAGUUAAAAUUUGGAUUCGUAAUGCUCAAACACGUUUAACAACUAGCUCAAGCUUAAUAGGAGUAGAAGAUCAAUUAGGCCGAAAUCAGAAUAUUCAACAAGAAAGUCGCGAAACACAAACAAUUAUUAAUCGUUUAAAUCGAGAUAUUAUUGAUAUAACAAAAGAUGUCGAUGAAAGUUUAGCCCGACGUUUACGAGAAGACAUGCGAAUAAUAAAUGAAAGUUGGAGCCGAUUUAUUAGUUCGAGUAAAGCUCAUUCACAAAAUGUGCAGGAAACAAUACAGCGUAAUAGAUUAAUACAGGAAGAAAUUCGUGAAUUAGAAGAUUGGCUUAUGGAUAGAGAACGUGAAACAUUCCUUGACGAUGGAUCCAUAUUCUAUCACGAACAAUUUCGUGAACGACUUGAACAGUAUCAAAGACUUCAAACAGAAUUGACUCAUAAAGAACAUACUUUACGAACUCUGAUUGAUCGAAAUAGACAAGAUGGAACUCAACCAUCACUUGAAUUAACACAAUAUCUAGACACAUUAGUUUCAAAUUGGUCUAGUUUACAGAAAAAAGUGGAUACUAAAAUCUCACUAUAUUCAGAACUUUAUAAAUUACAUGAAGAACUAAAAGAAUUACUUUAUCAAGAAAAUGUAUGGCUUGAUGCAUUACAAAAUAGAAUAUUUACACCAGUGAAUCAUAAUGCUGAUGCCCAAGAAGCAUCAGAAGAACUUGAUACUAUCGAACGUUUUAUUAAAACUCAUCCAAAAGCGAAUUAUGACAGAAUUUUUGAAAUCUCCGAUCGUCUUCAAGCCAUUAAGGUGUCCAUACCUACAAUAAAUAGUCAAAUCAGUCAAUUUCAACUACGUUGGGAUCAAUUACAUGAAGAUGUUUUGAAACGAGUUCAUACAUUAAAUGCUCAACUAUCUGAUUAUCAACAAUUAGGCAAGCAAAUCGUAGAUAUGGUUGAAUGGAUGAACCACACAGACACAAUACUUAAUUCAAGAUUAAGAGAUGAUGUCUAUGCAAGUGAUGUACCGAGUGAAGCUGAUAAACUAACUGUCGAAUUCAACCAAUAUGAUUCAUUUUUGCGCACUAUAGAAGAUAAGAUUCAUGCACUACGCAUAGUUGGUAAACAUGAUGCUGCCAGACGACUUGAUCAACAAUUUGUUCUAAUAAAAAAUCAAUUCAAUCAAUUGAAAAAUAAAUUUCGGCAAUUUCAAAAACCAUCCGAUUUUGAACCAAAAUAUGCUAAACUGCGUCAAAUUUUACUUGAUGUCGAACAAAAUAUCUAUACACUUGAAAUACGUUCUGAUGAUCCGGAUGUCAUUCAUAAUCAAUUAGAACAUUGUUUAAAACUUUAUAAAAUUCUAUCGGAUAUUAAAUCUGAUGUUGAAUAUGUUAUUCGUGUUGGACGAAGUAUUGUUGAAAAAGGACAAGUCGAUGAAGCAAAUGAUUUAACAAGACAGAUCGAUCAGUUAAAAGCAACUUUCAAUAAUCUCGGACCUAGAGUAUCAGCAGCAAGAACUCAAUUGGAUAGUGUCGAACGUCAUCUACGUAAAUUUCGUAAGGAAUAUUCGCAUAUUCAUGAAUGGUUUGUUAAAGCUGAUCAUGAAAUACGUAAAAUUGAAAAUAAACCAGUAUCAAAGAAUAACAGAGAAGAAAUCGAUUGGAUACGAACAACACGAAAUGAUAUUAAAAAACUUGAAGCUAAUUUUGAAAUCUUAAGAAAUCUAGAACAUUCAAUACAGAAAGAUACUGAACGCCCAUUACCAGGUCUUCAUGAAAAGAUCAGCGAAUUAAAACGUCAAGUCGAUCAAUUAGACAGACGGCUCAAAGAUCGAUCAGAUAUUGUUGAGGUAAGAUGA